AUGAGCGAAAAGAUCAUCCUCGUCACAGGCGGUGCCGGCUAUAUCGGCUCGCAUACCGUCCUCGAGCUCGUGCAAUCCGGCCACAAGGUCGUUGUCGUGGACAACCUUGACAACUCGUCCGAGGAGUCGCUCAUCCGCGUCGGCAACAUCACGGGCAAGCCGGAACUCAUCGUCUUCCGUAAGGUCGACUUGCUCGACUUCGCAGACCUCGAGGCCGUCUUCACGGAGUUCUCUUUCUUCGCCUGCAUCCACUUUGCGGGGCUCAAGGCCGUCGGAGAGUCUGUCCAGCAGCCUAUCCGCUACUACCACAACAACCUCACCGGCACCCUCAACCUCCUCAACUUGCUCACCAAGCACGACUGCAAGAACUUUGUAUUCUCUUCCUCGGCCACCGUCUACGGGAUGGUCAAGGAGAUGCCCGUCACGGAGGACGCUCAGAUCGGCGCCACAAACCCGUACGGACGCACCAAGCUCUUCAUCGAGGAGUUUUUGCGCGAUUUGCACAAGGCCGAUUCGGAGUGGAACAUCCUCAUCCUCCGCUACUUUAACCCGUGCGGCGCCCACGCUUCCGGUCAGAUCGGGGAGGAUCCCACUGGCAUCCCCAACAAUCUCAUGCCCUACGUCGCUCAGGUCGCCGUCGGUCGCAGGGAGCAUCUCACCGUCUUUGGCAUGGACUAUCCCACUCCCGAUGGUACUGGUGUUCGCGACUAUAUCCACGUUGUCGAUCUGGCCAAGGGACAUGUCGCCGCGCUUGAUAAAAUCCCGCAGAAGCCUGGCUGCGUUUCAGUCAACUUGGGCACGGGUAAGGGUUUCUCUGUCCUGGACAUGCUCAAGGGCAUGUCGAAGGCCUGUGGAAGGGAGCUCCAGCACAAGGAAGCUCCUCGGAGAGAGGGAGAUGUCUCCAUUUUGUAUGCAGAUCCCAAGUUUGCUAGAGAAUUUCUCGGAUGGGAAGCCAAACUUGGGGUCGAGGAGAUGUGCGCCGAUACCUGGCGUUGGCAAUCAGGAAAUCCCAACGGCUAUGGUAAGGCUGACUAGCGUUCGCCACUUUCUGCAAAUAGGCGCAGAUCGCGGACUGUAGACGACUACUACAAGUUGACAGCACCUAUGACCAGCUUUUGGAGACCGGGAAUAAAGAGUUCAUACGCAACUGAAACAAA